GAGGAGGUCGGAUUUCGUGAAGCGGAGGGCGGGCGGUGGCGAAGAAGCUGCUGCUGCUGCAGGGUGGAGACAUUGCGGCGAGUUGUUGUUGUUGGUGGCGGGCGAGUCGAGUGAUCUGGCGACGACGGACGGCAAUCGAGGAUUAGGUGGUGGUUCUCGGUGCGAGGCAGUAGACGCGUAGAUCAGGUGGGGAGGAUGGCGGUGUGAGUUUGUGUGGAGGCGUUCGGAGGUCAGGGCAAAUUGUCGGAUGGAAUUUUCUGACAAAUUUUGGCGAGAAGAAGCAGAAGACGACGACCGUAUGCAGCUUGGUUUUUGUGUAGGACGAGAGCUGAGGGAGGGAGCGCUCGGUGAGACGGAGGGCGCUGCGAGUAGGAAGCAUAGGAAUGCUUGCGCUCGGAAAGUUCUGGAGGAGGAGCUUCAGCAUGUCGGGACCGAGGCAGUGGUGUAGAACUGGCAUGAUGUGAAGGCAGGGAAAUGCAGGUUACGCGAGUUUCGCUUGCAGGUGGCCCGAGCGCCCGGUUGCACUGUCUGGCGUACAGGAAACCACAUGUUUACGCCCCAAGUCGCUGUAGUUAAUCGUAGAGUAUUUUGGUUUGAUUACUUAGAAAGAUGACCCCUGAGCUUAACAAGGAGGAAGGCAUCUUGGCUAUACAUAAAAGCUACCGGUGAGUAGCGUUUGAAGACCCCCUCUGCCUGUUCAGUCUGAUCUCGGAGCGAAAUUCUUCUGUCACUCGUCAAGAACGACCGACUGCCAUCAGCAUUACUCCGGAGAUAUCCAGAACUUCCAGGCAAUUGGUAGCGCACAUUCUCUGUGGGCUUAGGGUGGUCGCUCACAGAGUGUCAGAUGACGGACUGUGACAGCAUUGGGUCCUUUAGGGCAUUGGUAGCUUCAGGUAGAGAGGUAUGAAAGAAGUUGAACAGUAGUGGACAUAUCAUGGACGGACAGGACGAUGAGAUUUGAGGAUCAGGAGGUUGCUAGCAGGUAGGAAUAUAAGGAGACAGGAGCGCAAAGGAGAUGUCAGCGACAGUGACUCCAGCCCCUUAUGAGCGUCCGCGGGGGCGUGGGUCAAAUCUGGUUUUCAAAAGCGGGCCACUUUUUAUAUCGUCCAAAGGUCUUGGCUGGAAAUCAUGGAAGCGGCGUUGGUUCAUACUUACUCGCACAUCCCUCGUCUUCUUUAAAAAUGAUCCUAACUUGCUUCCACAAAAGGGUGGAGAUGCAAACCUCACCUUGGGGGGCAUCGACCUCAACAACUCGGGCAGUGUCUCCUUGCGAGCGGAGAAAAAACUUCUCACUGUACUUUUUCCCCCCGAUGGCUCCUCUCCUGAAGGAAGAACAUUCACGCUCAAGGCGGAGACAAUGGAAGACCUUGAAGAAUGGAAAAUUGCACUUGACCGUGCACUGGCUGCAGCGCCGAAUGCAGACCUUGUCAUGGGCCAUAACGGGAUAUUUCGAAAUGAUUCGAUUGAUACAGUUGAAGGGUCGAGUAACAGUACAGGUCAAGGGAAUAGAAGACCUGUAAAAUCCCUGGUUGUCGGGAGACCUAUCCUGCUUGCCUUGGAAGAUAUUGAUGGAAGCCCUUCUUUCCUGGAGAAGGCUCUUUGCUUCAUAGAGAAUCAUGGUCUGGGCGUGGAAGGAAUCUUACGUCAGUCAGCAGAUGUAGAUGAAGUUGAGCGUAGGGUCCGUGACUAUGAGGGGGGGCAUAACCAGUUUGGGCCAGAUGAAGACGCUCAUGUCAUUGGAGACUGUAUAAAGCACGUGUUGAGGGAGUUGCCAUCUUCACCAGUGCCUACCCCGUGCUGCACUGCUCUUCUUGAAGCUCAUAGACUGGAAGGAAAGGAAUCUCGUGUCGCAUCUAUGCGAAUCGCAGUUGCCGAGAGCUUUCCAGAGCCUAAUCGGCGGCUUCUUCAAAGGGUUUUGAGGAUGAUGCGCGCUGUGGCCUCUCACACAUCGGAGAAUCGUAUGACUUCCUCUGCCGUAGCUGCUUGCAUGGCCCCUCUUCUUUUGAGGCCAUUAUUAGCAGGAGAGUGUGGUCUUGAUGAUGACUCAGACGUCAGUGGGGACAAUGCUGCUCAGCUUCUCGCUGCAACAACUGCUGCUAACAAUGCACAGUCCAUAGUCAACACGUUAAUGGAAGAGUAUGAUAACAUAUUUGAGGAUGAUGACUCUCCCCGAGUGCCUCCAUCACCACAAAUGUACCCAAAUAUGGAUGGCAGUGGCAGUGACGAAGAGUCGGAGGACGAGGUACUUCAACUUCAUGACGUUGAUGGUUAUCAUGAUGCUCAAAAUGACCUCGACGCCGAAGUUGAUGAAGAUUUCGAGAGAGUUCUUAGUGGAGGGCUAAGCGAAAGCAGUGGUCACAUUGACUCUGAUGUGUUUGACUACAAGGUGUAUGAAGGUGGAGAUUCGGACUUCGAUUCUCCGAAGGGAGUUUCCAGGUCAAAAGGGUCAGCCAAAGUAUGGACUCGCUCUGUUCGAACCACGCAUGAUCGAGAUCGUGCUGGACUCGGAUCUGGACACCAUGACAAUGGUGGAAGUCUCUCUGCUAACUCUCUCAAUCAGCACUCUUGGGACUCGGGAUCUCCAAUCACCAGUCCCAGACUUGGGGCUGCAGGUCCUCCUGGACCUGGACCAGGUUCUGGUACAUCUCUUCGACCGAAGGGUCAUGCGUCGACAGCUACAAGUAGGCGGAGUAUAUGGGGUAUAACGACGUCGAGUAACAAGACUGUAGCUGCCGACAUGACGGACUCGUCCGAGGAAGAACUGGCGAUACAGAGACUUGAGGCCACAAGGAACGAACUACGCAACAAAAUCGCGAAAGAGGCAAAGGGAAAUGCUGUACUGCAGGCCAGCCUGGAGAGAAGGAAGCAAGCGCUUCAUGAUCGUCGUCUAGCACUUGAACAAGACGUCACCAGAUUGCAGAGCCAGCUACAAGUUGAGAGGGAAUUGAGGGCAGCCUUGGAGAUGGGACUCAGCAUGUCAGCCGCGCAAAUGUCCACAGCUCAAAGCUUAGAUUCCAAGACCAGGGCAGAGUUGGAAGAAAUUGCUGUCGUGGAAGCAGAUGUGGCUAGAUUGAAGCAGAAAGUCGCAGAGCUGCAUUUACAAUUGAGUCAACAGAAGCAGCAACAAGGCGGCUCUCUCUCUGAUGCGUCAGAUAGACAUGAACGUGUCAGAAACCUUCAAGCUCAGCAAACACAAUUACAGAAAGAGCUAGAGCAGACUCUUGCUCUUUGUCACCAAGAGAAGCAGAAGAAUGAUGAGCAACUAGACGGUGGAAGUGGAUCGGAAGAUGCCGGUGCAUUGGAGCUUGUAGUGGCACAGCAGCGCAAUGCCCUCGCAGAAGCCAAGGAAGCGUUAAAUAUGGAAAGAGCAAGAGGUCAGGAUUUAAGGCGCAAACCUGGCUCCAAUCAAGGUAACCAGGCCCUGCAGAUUAACCCACUCAAUCAACUCAAUCAAAUGGAUCCGGGAGGAGAUUGGAGAACGUUGCGGCCUCCUGCAGGUCCAUCUUCUGCAGGAAGGCAAUUUGCUUGGAGACCGCAGAAACCUGAUGCAUACAGCAUCGGAGACUUGGGCACGGAGCUUGUAAAUGGAAGCGGCUACACAAGUGAUGGAGGAGCAAGCUCAUCUAGUGGAAAAAAGAGCAACGCAGAAGCGGAGGGGGCCAGCACAAACUCGAUGGAGAGUCAUCGGCAGCCGCCAGCUGCCUCUGCAGCUCUGGCAGAACUCACUACUCGUCUGGACUUUUUCAAGGAACGCCGCUCACAGCUUAUGGAGCAGCUGCAUACAUUGGACCCUACUUUGGUUCCUCCCAAUCUGAAUGGUCAUGACCUGAUACCAGCAUCUCCACCUUUGACAAGUCCCUAGUUUGCAUGUGGGGGUGUCUGUGAUGUUUAUCGUAUUGCCAUUCUCAUGGCAUAAAGCUGGGUUGGCUGACUACUGAGUGCAAGGUUGUCUGGCCUCCACGAAUGUACAGUUCAAUUCUUCAUCCCCAAUUGAGAAUUCGUAUAGGCUAUAUUGAGGUGCUACGGGUGAUUCUGGGGGUUUAAUUAUUCAAAAGGAAUGGUAGAGCUCGUUGUCUUCAAAAGCAGCAUGUUACGAGAAAAAGUUCAUACCUCAAGCCUCAACUUAGAACGUAAAGUUGAUUUCUUUGAGAUGUCAGAUGGGCCCACAUCAGAGUGGAAGCUUUCAGUUUACAUUUUCCUCCCAUCCAUCACUUCUCAUUGUUUACAAAACAGCUCUUUGGUGUUUCACCACACACCGAAGUGGAUUUGGUGUUUAUUACUAGGAAUUCUUUUUGCGUCGGUCACCGUUGUGCUGUAUCCACUUUUCGUUCGUAUAUGGCUCUCCCACCAAAACUUGUGGACUUUCACCUUUUUGUCGUGUAAAUCUGCAAUUUUCUGUGAUGGCGUCGAGUGUAGAUGUCAAAGGAGUCUUUUUUUGAGGAUUUUUUCUUUCACUUGCUUUGACAAAUACUUCAUCACCAGUACUCUCUUGAAUGUUUGCUGGGUUGAUUGCACGCGGCAUGUUUUGCCGUCCAUCUUGUCCAUCAAAAUAUGAGCCUCUGGCAUAGGCUAUGCUGUCGAGGCACCACAAUAUGUUUGCGAGGUACUGGUUCAUCUA